CGACUACAAAAGAAAGUUUCAUUGUAACAUUAAAUUGUUUAAUAUAUAUAAUUUUUGUUAAAGUAAUUGUGACGUCAUAGACAAUAGAACGUCUUACUCGUGUACAUGACGUUGUUUGGUGUACAGUGGAAUGGCGUUCACACAAUCAUUAGCGUUUUACAGUUCACCACGAUGAGGCAGACGUCGCAACGAGACUCGCACAGCCGGAGUAACAGCCGCGCUGCGACGGCGUCCUGUUGUUAGGCACACGCAAGAUGGCGGCCGAGGAUAUACCCGACGUGAUACCCGGGUCCUCGGCGACGGGUGGGCAGGACAGCGUGUGGGACGACCGGCCCCGCUCCUUGCAGGAGAUACUGGCCUCCAGCCGCCUGCCCGUCCCCGUCAAACUGCACAAGGGAGACGUGUCCAGCUACCUGCCCGCCUGGCCCGACCACGGCGACGUCAUCAGAGUGCUGGAGGUGAGACGACGGCAGAUCGUGAUAGGCAGACAAAUGCAGUGGGACAAGCGGACGAAUGACUAUGUUGCUACAGGAGACCAUUUGGAAAUACCAGCUCUCUACAAAGGCUGGUUUGAAGUCGUUCCCAGCGACGGUCGGCCCGUGGAAUACUUCGACACCAUCAACAGCAUCAACAGCGUUAAACCUCGGCGCUUCCUGGUGCGGACGACGACAGUUGGCUACCAGAUGAGCACCGACGAGAAUGGCGCCAGCUGCUGGAUGCCGUGCGAGAUCAAACCUGGCGAGGUGCUCUCCAGGGGAACGAUCUACAUGGACAACAAGAAGUCCAAGUCGAAGGGAUUCUUCCGGAAGAUGCUCAAGUCGAGCAAGACGUCGAGGAAGGACCAGGACAUGCGCUACCUGCAGUGUUACGACCCGGUGGGCAAGGAGAUCAUGAUCCCGCUCAUCAUGUCCGGGGUCUUCAGUCCGGUCGGAGACUCCACAGUGGCCAACUACGACGCCGUGUACGAACUCCUCGACCUCAUCAAGGCCUUUGGUUUCCCGGUCAACGUGCAGCUCAUAUAUUCCGUGUGGAUCGAGAAGGCCGACUGUCCCAGUGGUGUAGUUCGAUUGGAAAGCAUGAGAGACGAGAAGUACGUUGUUGUGAGUUCCGAUCAUUCCGGUAACACUGGGGACGGGAAUAAACUCGUCGGUGAAAUACCUGUUGACAGUGAUUUUCUAUUCUUUAAGCAAGUGGCUAAGAGACGGAAGUGUAUUAGGACUGAGCCUGUUGAAAUGGUCAGUCAUGGAGAAAUUUUUUCUCAAGAAUCUCCUUACGGAGGUGACAGUAUUGAGCUGCCCAAGAGGGCGGACAAGGAGGUUAAGAAAUCUAAGACGUCGGUCAUACUGGACAAACUGAGCGUGCGGAGGACGAAACGCGAGCGAGCUAAAUUAAAGGUUCUCAAAGGCGACGACGUGUUCUCCAAGAGACUGUCGCGCAGUGACGUCAGCUACGAGGACUUCUACAGCGGCCUCGAUAAGGACGCCGACAAGGAAGACUCAGAAGACCGUAAAAGCAGCACGGCCAAGAGCUCGGACAACGACUCGGAGACGUACAGAACUGAGACCAGCCAAGUGUACAAGUCGUCUGCUGCCAAACCGUCUGCCCCGGCAGAUCAGUAUGGGUCCAUCUACAAGCCACACAUUCAGGAGCGCGACCUGCCGCCUGUACCGCACGACAGUGUGUCUUCUUCCUCCAGAGACGCCGUGCACGCAGACAUGACGGACGAUUCAAUCUACGAGCAGCUGCCGCCCGCCCCGAAACCGCCCAAGAUGUUCCGAGAUCUCCGCGACCUGCAGGAUGACGACGAGGAUGAGGACGGGUACAUGGUCCCAGCAUCCCUUAGAGACAACUUCGACUCUCCUUACCUCGCCGGCGCUGAUGUCAUCCUGCGCCGGAAGCCGCCUUCAGCACCGCGAGAGCCAGAGAGACGGCUGCACAAAGUGAGCAGCGAACCGACGUCGCACUACGGAGUUCGAGAUCCUUACCAGGAUACAUGUCCCAUCGACAUCGAUGACCUGUUCAGCUUCGCCUACUCCAAGGACCGGCCGUACGGGACGUCGGCCAGCAAGUACGUGAGCACGUCGCACCUGUACGAGUCGCACAAGGCGAAACCUCCGCCGUGGAGAGCUCAUAUACCGCAGAGUUACGACGGCAGGUUCAUGGACGAUCUGGAUCUGGAGCGACCGAAGAACUGCAGCCUCAAGUACAAGACUCGCUCCCAGAGGAACCUCAACAUGGACCCUAACGCCACGGUGCGCAGCCACAACCUCAAGAAACACAUGAACGUCAUGGAGAUGUUCCACUUCACCGACUCGUUCUCUGACGUCAGAGACGCGCACCAGGACCACGACGUCUGCGUCAGUGAGUAUUGCGCCCACUCUCCCGCAGACGACCGCGUGGGUCCCGAGCCCGGCAGCCCGCUGUACUACUCCCAGAGCGCUGGACACUGCCGAUACCACGACGUCGACACCGCCUACAGGAAGUACAACAGGUCCGUGUCAGUCAACGGACUCAGCGACGUGUACGGCAAACACGGCGAUGACUCCGCCAUCUCCAUGGGCUCCAGGGGGGAGUACGGCAACACCAACGGUAGCGACUACAGCUACGCCGAGUAUGGCGACUUCCAUGAUGACGACUUUGUUCCUCCAAACGAUGUCCGUCAUCUUAGUGUGAAGGACGUGGCGAAAUGUUUACGGUUCAUCGGAAUGAAAGACCGAGUCGUUAUACGAUUCUCCAACGAGCAGAUAGAUGGAAACAUGUUGUGUUCCUUGGACAAGAAACUUCUCAAGGGAGGAUUUCCAGAACUAAAUGCCUUAGAAAUAAAGAAAAUAUUAGAUUUUAUUGGUGGCUGGAGACCGAAGAAGGCCUAAUGUUGUUAUUGUUGUUGACACCACUAAAUCAGCAUUUAUUUAUAUAUGAACAACCGGAUCUGUCCCAUGGGUCUAUCGUGGGUGUAUGAUUUAAUUCAGUGGAUUUUUUUCCAGAUCAAAGCAUGUCUCAGCUUGCAAAAAUGUGAUAAAAAGAGAAAUAUUCAGUUCUAAAACAAAAAAUUUAAAAUCCCUUUUUAAAGAAGUAUUUCUUUGAUAUGCAUUUCAUACACAUUGUUUACAUAUUGUGUUUCGAACGGCACGUUUACGUGUUAUAUAUGAAACAGUAAUAUACAUCUUACUUGUUUGUAUAUUAACUUUCUGACGUUGGUACUUUUAGUAGAAUGUUUAAAAUAAUGUAUGCUUCCUAUGAAAAUAUAAUUGUGUAUUGUGUUUUGAACGAAA